UUUUCUUCCUUUUUGAAACCACGUUGUGAGUGAUUAGGAGAUAUCUGCAUCUUGUACGAACAAGAAGUGAGGACCAUUCCUUCAAAAAUGUCUGAAAGUGAGAUAAAAACAAUGGACGAAGACAACGAAGUUGAGACCUUCGCCUUCCAAGCUGAAAUUGCUCAGUUGAUGAGCUUGAUCAUCAACACUUUUUACUCCAACAAGGAGAUAUUUCUCAGGGAACUCAUUUCAAAUUCGUCUGAUGCCUUGGAUAAGAUUCGCUACCAGAGUCUCACAGAUCCCACCAAGCUUGAUAAUUGCAAAGACAUGAAGAUGGAAAUUAUUCCGAACAAGGAUGACAAUACCCUCACCAUUAUUGAUACUGGUAUCGGAAUGACCAAGGCUGACCUUGUCAACAAUUUGGGAACAAUUGCUAAAUCUGGAACGAAAGCUUUCAUGGAAGCAUUACAGUCUGGUGCAGAUAUUUCUAUGAUCGGUCAAUUUGGUGUUGGUUUCUACUCUGCCUACUUGGUGGCAGAAAGAGUCGUCGUCCACACGAAGCACAAUGAUGACGAACAGUACGUCUGGGAGUCCUCGGCUGGUGGCUCUUUCACUGUUGCAAGAGAUGACUCGGAAAUGUACGGCAGGGGCACGAAGAUCAUUCUCUACAUGAAAGACGACCAGCUUGAAUAUCUUGAGGAGAAACGAGUGAAGGACAUUGUGAAGAAACACAGCCAGUUUAUUGGUUAUCCCAUCAUCUUGAAGGUUCAGAAAGAACGGGAAAAGGAAGUCAGUGAUGACGAAGAUGACGAGGAUGAUGAAGACAAGAAGGAAGAUGCGGAGGAGAAGGCUGAGAAUGGUGAAGCUGAAGAAAAUGGCGAGAAAGAGAAGGCGAAAAUUGAAGAUCUUGAUGAGGAUGCUGAGAAAGAAGGUGAGGAAAAGAAAAAGAAAAAAAUAAUGGAGAAGUACAUCGAUGAAGAAGAACUGAACAAGACGAAACCAUUAUGGAUGAGAAAUCCAUCGGAUAUCACGAGCGAGCAAUAUGCUGAGUUUUACAAGAGUCUGACAAACGACUGGGAGGAACAUCUUGCUGUCAAGCAUUUCUCAGUCGAAGGUCAACUCGAGUUUCGUGCCAUUCUCUUCGUUCCAAAACGUGCACCGUUCGAUUUGUUCGAAAACCGCAAGAAGAGGAAUAAUAUCAAGCUCUACGUCCGAAGAGUUUUCAUUAUGGACACGUGCGACGAUCUCAUCCCCGAGUACCUGAAUUUCGUCAAGGGCGUGGUCGACUCCGAAGACUUGCCGCUGAACAUCUCUCGUGAGACCUUGCAGCAGAGCAAGAUAUUGAAAGUCAUUCGCAAGAAUCUCGUCAAGAAAUGCAUGGAGCUUUUCAACGAAGUUGCCGAAGACAAGGAUAACUACAAGACCUUCUAUGAACAGUUCUCGAAGAACCUCAAACUAGGCAUUCAUGAGGAUUCCACCAACCGGGCAAAACUCGCCGAACUUCUUCGGUAUCACACCUCGUCCAGCGAUGACAUGACUUCGCUCAAGGAGUACGUCUCGCGGAUGAAGGAGGGUCAGAAGGAUAUCUACUACAUCACCGGUGAAUCCAAGGAUCAGGUCUCUAACUCGGCUUUCGUGGAGCGUGUGAAGAAACGAGGUUUCGAAGUUCUCUACAUGACCGAACCCAUUGAUGAAUACUCCAUUCAGCAGUUGAAGGAAUACGAUGGAAAGAAGCUGGUGAGCGUGACCAAAGAAGGCCUCGAACUACCCGAAGAUGAAGAAGAAAAGAAGAAACGCGAAGAACAAAACGCCGCUUUUGAAGAGCUUUGCAAGCUCAUCAAAGAGAUCCUGGACAAGAAAGUGGAAAAGGUCGUUCUCUCGAACCGUCUGGUUUCAUCGCCAUGUUGCAUCGUUACGAGCCAGUACGGCUGGUCUGCAAACAUGGAACGAAUUAUGAAAGCUCAGGCGCUUCGUGAUUCCAGCACCAUGGGGUACAUGGCCGCCAAAAAGCAUUUGGAAAUCAACCCGGAUCAUUCGAUCAUCAUCGCGUUAAACAAGAAGGUUGCCGAAGACAAGAAUGAUAAAUCUGUAAAAGAUUUAGUUCAUUUGUUGUUUGAGACAUCCUUGCUUUCGUCUGGGUUCACGCUCGAUGAACCUCAAGUUCACUCGGCUCGUAUUUACCGAAUGAUCAACUUGGGUCUUGGAAUUGACGAAGACGCGACUGAAGAUGCCGCCGGGGCUGAAGAGGACAUGCCACCUCUCGAAGAAGGAGGGGAUGAAGAUUCGAGCAAAAUGGAAGAAGUUGAUUAAACAAUGAUUGGAAACUCUUUCAAACGCUUCGCCAACAAAUUGCUAUUUUUGCUUACCUAGCUUUUGUCCCAUAUAACACAGACAUCGUGUCGUAAUUAGAAUCUUGCAAUUCGUAUUUGAUCUUUAAAAAACAAUGUAAUACUAAAGUUAUCUCAUUUUUGUUAUUAUUUAACGUUUGCCCUAUCCUCUUGUCGCUCUUUUGCUUAUCCGUAUAAAACAUUUGGGUUUUUGUCAACGAAUUGCUUAGUUAAUUUAGUGCUAGGGUGAAUAAAGAUAGUACAAGAAAAAGCUUG